GUUUCCUGUGUUAUGUUUUAGAGCCGAGUUUCGAGGGCACUGCUCUCUUCGCAAAUUACCAUCUAGCUCUGGGUUUGAACACUGCUCCGCGGCUGUCAGUGUAGGACUCAGAUCUGUCUGCACGAUGGACGGAGGACACCGCUGAGGAUCCGUACAUCCAUGCCUACUGGAGUUUAUCUGGAAUAUCUUCUGUAAACUUGGACUUUACCCACUAGAGGUUUUUUUUUUUUUUUUUUUUAAAACAGUGUGAACUUCACUAAGGUUCGCACAAAUACUUGAUCGCAGGAAAUACGACUGAGAAGACUGCGACUGUUGUGUUGAAGGCAGAGGAUGGGGAGCCGGGGGCACUACCGGUACCACUGGCAGAGCCACAAUGUCAAACACAGCGGAGUGGAUGACAUGGUGCUGCUCAGCAAGAUCAAUGAGGACGCCAUCGUGGACAACCUCAAGAAGAGAUACAUGGAUGACUACAUCUUUACAUAUAUUGGUCCUGUGCUCAUCUCCGUCAACCCUUUCAAGCAGAUGCCAUACUUUGGGGAAAAAGAAGUUGAGAUGUAUCAGGGCUCAGCUCAGUAUGAGAACCCUCCUCACAUCUACGCUCUGGCAGAUAAUAUGUACAGAAACAUGAUGAUUGACAGUGAGAACCAAUGUGUCAUCAUCAGUGGAGAGAGCGGAGCAGGGAAGACUGUGGCAGCCAAAUAUAUCAUGAGCUACAUCUCCAGAGUGUCAGGGGGCGGACCCAAAGUACAGCACGUCAAAGACAUCAUCCUGCAGUCCAACCCGCUGCUAGAGGCCUUCGGGAACGCCAAGACCUUGAGGAACAACAACUCCAGCAGAUUUGGGAAAUAUUUUGAGAUCCAGUUCAGCUCCGGUGGCGAACCAGACGGAGGGAAAAUCUCCAACUUCCUUCUAGAGAAGUCACGUGUCGUCAUGAGGAAUCCUGGAGAGAGGAGUUUCCAUAUCUUCUACCAAUUGAUAGAAGGAGCUAGUGGCGAGCAGAAGAGCAGCCUGGGAAUCACAAGCUUGGAUUACUACACUUACCUCAAUCAGUCUGGUUCCUACAAAGUGGACGACAUCAACGACAAGAGUGACUUCCAGGAAACGAUGCAUGCUAUGGAUGUGAUUGGCAUAUCAGCGGAGGACAGGUCCAUGGUGCUUCAGAUUGUGGCCGGAGUCCUGCACCUGGGAAAUAUCACUUUCAAAGAAGCAGGCAACUACGCUGCUGUUGAGAGUGAAGAGUUUCUAGCCUUUCCUGCAUUUCUGCUUGGAAUCGACCAGAACCGUCUGAAGGAGAAACUGACGAGCCGUAAGAUGGACAGCAAGUGGGGAAAUGCAGUGGAGUCCAUUGAUGUGACGCUGAACGUGGAGCAGGCAUGUUACACACGUGAUGCCCUCUCCAAAGCCCUGCAUUCACGGGUGUUCGACUUCCUGGUCGAGUCCAUCAACAAAGCCGUGGUGAAAGAUCAUCAGGAGUUUAAUAUCGGAGUGUUGGACAUUUAUGGAUUUGAAAUUUUCCAAAAAAAUGGAUUUGAACAGUUUUGCAUCAACUUUGUGAAUGAGAAACUGCAGCAGAUAUUUAUUGAGCUGACUCUGAAGGCAGAGCAGGAGGAGUAUGUGCAGGAGGGCAUCAAGUGGAACCCGAUAGACUACUUCAACAACAAGAUCGUCUGUGAUCUCAUCGAGAGCAAAAAUCCUCCUGGCAUCAUGUGCAUCCUGGAUGAUGUAUGCGCCACCAUGCAUGCGGUGGGCGAGGGAGCCGACCAGACCAUGCUGCAGAAGCUCAGAGUCCAGAUCAACACCCACGAACACUUCAACAGCUGGAAUCAGGGCUUCAUCAUCCACCACUACGCUGGCAAGGUGUCCUACGAUGCAGAUGGUUUCUGUGAGAGGAACCGAGACGUCCUUUUUACUGACCUCAUUGAGCUGAUGCAGAGCAGUGAAAUCACCUUCAUCAGAGCACUGUUUCAAGAAAAUCUCAACGCUGAAAAGAAAGGACGACCCACAACUGCAGGCAGCAAAAUAAAGAAACAAGCCAACGAUUUGGUGAGCACACUGAUGAAAUGUACUCCACACUACAUCCGCUGCAUCAAACCUAAUGAAACCAAGAAGCCCAGAGACUGGGAAGAGAGCCGAGUAAAGCACCAAGUGGAGUACCUGGGUCUGAAGGAAAACAUCAGGGUGAGGCGUGCUGGCUACGCCUACCGCAGAGUCUUCAGGAAGUUCCUCAACAGGUACGCCAUCCUGACCAAAGAGUCCUGGCCAACAUGGAGAGGAGACGAGAAACAAGGCGUCCUUCAUCUCUUACGGUCUGUCAACAUGGACCAGGAUCAGUUCCAGCUUGGUAGCACCAAGAUCUUCGUUAAAGCCCCUGAGUCGCUCUUUCUGCUGGAAGAGACGAGGGAGCGCAAGUUUGACGGCUACGCCAGGACCAUCCAAAAAGCCUGGAGGAAAUACCUGGCCCGCAAGAAGUAUGUCCAGAUGAGGGAAGAAGCUUCUGACCUGCUGUUGAACCGGAAGGAGAGGCGGCGACACAGCCUCAACAGAAACUUUGUCGGUGACUACCUGGGUAUGGAUGAAAGGCCUGAGCUCCGGCAGUUCCUGGGCAAGAGAGAAAAGAUCGACUUUGCAGACAAAGUCACAAAAUAUGACCGCCGCUUUAAGGGAAUUAAGAGGGACUUGAUCCUGACCCCAAAGUCUGUGUACCUGAUUGGAAGAGAAAAGGUGAAACAGGGACCAGAGAAAGGGCAGGUGACAGAGGUGAUGAAGAGACGGAUUGAUGUGGAGAAGAUCUUGGCAGUGUCUCUCAGUACAAUGCAGGAUGAUUUAAUUAUCCUGCACGAGCAGGAGUACGACAGCCUGCUGGAGUGUGUCUUUAAAACCGAGUUCAUCAGCCUACUGGCCCGCAGGUUUGAGGAGAAAACCCAGAGGAAGCUACCACUCAAGUUUAAUAACACACUGGACCUGAAGUUGAAGAAGGAGAACUGGGGCUUCUUGAGUGGGGGCGGCUCCCGGCAGGUCUUGUUCGUUGGGGGUCAGGGAGACAUGCCUGUACUGAAGCCUUCGAGCAAAUCUCUGCAGGUCAGCAUUGGCCCAGGGCUUCCGAAGAACACGCGCCCCACCAGGAAGAGCUUCUCUCAGGUUCGCUCCAAUGGGUCCAGAACUCACCAGAACAUCCCGUCGAGGGCUGCACCGGGACCUCCAGUUGCUCACCAGAAUGGUGGCCCUAGAAACCACGUAGCCAAUCAGAGGAACUCCCACCACCACAACCAGAGGAAUCCCUCGCCUGGCAACGCAACACGCCCUUUCCUGCCCAGCAACGCCAACCAGCUGAAGGAACAAGGCGGCAGCCGGCUGAAGCCCAACCUGGACUGUCUGAAAGUCCCUGAUCAAGGAGCCGCAGGCAAUGGAGACAGACGGCCAACUUCAAAUGGAGGAAUAGCCCACAGACCGUCAGCCAGCAGGCCUGCGCCGGGAGGAGGACGACCCAAACCUGCACCCAAACCCAAACCCCAGGUGCCCCAGUGCAAAGCUUUGUACGCCUACGACGCUCAGGACACAGACGAGCUCAGCUUCAAUGCUGACGACGUUAUCGACAUCAUCAAAGAGGAUGCAUCUGGGUGGUGGACAGGACGACUUCGUGGAAAGCAGGGACUUUUCCCCAACAACUAUGUCACCAAGAUCUAGGAGCUGCCGGUUUACAGCUCGAGGAUGAGAGCCUGCUGCGUCCUCGCUGAUCCUCUCAGAGGACGGGAUGGAGGUUACAGUCAGAGAGAGAAGCACUGUGAGAGUCCUCAAGGAGAGAAACUCACACUUCCUCCACUGCUGCCUUGUAGUGAAUGAAUGUAACUCGGUUACACCACAAGACCAAAAGACCGUCAGGCUUGAAAUGAGGUUUUGCUUUAAAGACAAAAAGACUGUUUGACCCUGGGGUCUGUUUUCCUCCACAGUCCCUUUUUGAGUACUGAACAAAACUAUUUAUUGUAUUUAUAGCUUUCUGUGUUCUUCUUACUGUCAUUUAUCUCUUGCUGAGGAUUUGAGCUCAACCGUUUUUGAAGCAUUGGAAUGAGGUAUGCUUAAUCUUUGGGACCAGGCUGUGAUUUUUAUUUUCAAAUGAAGGUUUUAUAUCUGAAUCAAAGGUGAUCGUCUCAGUGGCACAACUGAAGCGACUGCUGCUUUACCAGGAAUAUUUAUUAUGUUGCAAAACUGUAACUACUUACAGGGAACGGCAUUUCAGUAAAUCAUCACACUGGGAUUUUUAAUGAUUUUAAAUACCAAAGCAAUUACAAUUUUAAUAGAUCUGUUCCACAUGUGCAAAACAAAAUUCAAUGCAGUCAAAUGGUGAAUCACCUGGAGAAUUAUUGUAAUCUUUAAUUUGUUGUUGUUUUUGUUUUCCUAUCACACCAGUAUAUUAUAGACACAGAGUAGAGGCCAUGUAUACUGUAACCUAAGCAUGUUGUCUGUGGUGUAUUAGCACUUUAUUGGUACAGGUACUACCUUGGACACAGACAUCUUCACUCGUUCAUGCGGUAAGUGAAGUGUAUAAAAGACAGGUCGCAAAGCGAGCUGUAAGCUGACAUACGGAGGAGUAUCAUUUGUUUACAUUAAAUGAUAAAACAGGCAUUUUAGAUCUGAUUCUGUAUAUGUGUUCAUAUUUUAGGAGUACGCCUGUUAUUGGUUAGAAUUUAAAUUAAUGUUUUUGUAUUUUUUCUGAAGGAUCUCUCUGCUUUUGAUACUCACAGGGCUGCUGUAUUUCCAGUUCACAGCUUCCCAGCUACACAUAUAUAAUAAGGGUUAUCACAGAUUAGGGUGAAUGGAUUUUUGUUUGUGCAAAUGUUGUUUUAGGUGAAAGAAUUUUGUUGACAUUUUCCCGUAGCACUACAAAGAAUUCCUUUUGCUUCUGCAAAUCUUUUGCAUUGCUGUUGCAUUACUUACACAUUCCUUAGUAUAUAUAUUUUUUCAAUCAAGUAACCACAUUAUGCUCUAGUCAGUAAAAGAACAGCUGGGAUUUUUGUCAUAGAUCUUGUGCAUCAUCAAAUACUGUAUGGUUUGAUCUUGGAUGAUUGACAUCCUUGUGCAAUACAAAACAGUAGCUGAGUCUUUUAAUAAAGCAUGUAAUAUUGUACAUGUAA